AUCAUUUGAGUCUUUUUACCUCUGAAAAAUGGAAUAUCUAAGCUACUUCUUAAGGAUUAUGACAACUACGGUAUUUAUUUGUUGGACUCUAUUAACCCUUGCAGAUGGACAAAUAUUAUUAAACAGUCAAUUUGGAUCGAAAAUCAACAGAAAUCAGCACGAAGCUAAGCUGAUUCCAGUAAGCGAUACAGACACAGGAGGAUUGCAACAAACAGCUCUUUUUGAACCUUAUCAGGAAAUAUAUACGGUAAAAAACAGAGCUGGUGAUACCCAACAAGUUCAUUAUGCAGUGGACGAUUAUGGUUUGAGGGCUAACUUUCAUUCAAACACAUUGCGUUUUGAUCCUUCUUCAUCAUCCGUACGUUUUGGUGAAAGAUUAAAGUCAAAAGAGCAAGAUGCAUUUGUGCCCGAAUCAAUACAUAAUGCUCCUCAAACUUCUUUCCUUCCUAAAAAUUCCCCAAGUGCAAUAUUUAAUAUGCCUGAAAAUGCCUUUUUUCCACCAGAGUUUCCUAGCGCACUAUAUAAUACUCCUCGAAACUCUUUCUUAACUCCUCUUGUUUUUAAAGAAUCUCAACGUGAUAAUAAAAUGCCUAUAUAUCCACCAUCCACUAAGCAACAAGACUUGAGCUAUGCUACUGCAAAUGAUGCUAAAGUUCAGGGAAAUGAACCAUCUACAUUUACUGAGCCCAUAUCUAAAUCUUCUUUCGUUAAUCCGGCAUUGGUGAAUGAAACUGUAGAUCUGGUUGCUACACAGGUGAUGAGAGACGAGAAACAAGAAAAUAAAGACAGUGCUGAACGCAUCCCAAAUGAACAAAGGAAUGUUGAUUCUCUUAAAUCCUCUCCAAGAAUACAGAUUGUGAAAUCACCUAGGCUGCAGGCAAUCAAUUUUUCUUAUCCACCAAUCAGAGAAUCAGCCUUUAUCCCGACUGAAAAAAUUGAAUUGCUGCGAACACCAGUCACUAAAGAUAAACAGAAGUUUUCAUCUCUCUCUAAUUUGCCUCUUUUCAAACCGCAAGGUCAAUUAUUUGAUGCUUCAAAACCAAAAACAGCGUAUUCCAUAAGGCAACAAAACAAAGCAUACGUUGGAAAAGAAGAACCUAAAUCUCUACCACAAACUACAUCUUUUAAUUCUUUUAAUUUGCCUCUUUUAAAACCUCAAGCACCAAAGUUUGAUGUUUCAAAACCAAAAGCACUCUUUCCUAUAACUCAGCAAAGCAAAGCUUUUGUUGGUAAAGAAGAACCUAAAUCUCAACCACAAACUACAUCUUUUAAUUCUGUUAAUUUGCCCCUUUUAAAAUCUCCAGCACCAAAGUUUAAUGUUUCAAAACCAAAACCGUAUUUUCCCAUAGUUCAGCAAACUAAAGCUUUUGUUGGUAAAGGAGUACCUAAAUCUCAACCACAAAGUACAACUUUUAAUUCUGUUAAUUUGUCUCAUUUAAUUCCUCAAGCACCAAAGUUUGAUGUUUCAAAACCAAAAUCAUAUUUUCCCGUAGCUCAGCAAAUUAAAGCUUUUGUUGGUAAAGAAGAACCUAAAUCUCUACCUCAAACUACAACUUUUAAUCCUGUUAAUUUACCCCUUUUAAAACCUCAGGCACCAAAGUUUGAUGUUUCAAAGCCAAAAGCUGUUUAUCCUCAACAAAACCAAGCGUAUGUUGGUAAAGAUGAACCUAAAUCUCCAUUACCAGUGACAACUUUUGAUUCUUCUAACAAAGCUAUAAAUAGUACAAAUCAAACAAUGGUUGAGUUUCCAAUGGAAAUGCAAAAAGUAAAUGAUCAUUUAAUGUAUAAAAAUACUUACACAUUAAGAAAAUUUGCAGUUCCAGAUAAAUCUACCAAUUUUUCUCAAAAUAUUCUCAAAAGCAAUAAUUUUCCAUCAAUAAUAUCUUCUCCCCUAUCUACAGUAUUUGAUACUUCGAGUAAAAAUGGUCAGUAUUACCAUUACGUCAUGAAUUUGGGACAAAAUGGUCAAAGCAAACCACACUCUAGGACAAGAAUAUAUUCUACAGGUAAUGGAUUAUUAGAAAUUCUUAAUAAAACUGGUAUUCCUUAUUAUAAAAAUCCAAAUAUCCAAUAUGAAGCAGGAACUGUAACAUCAAAACCUCAGAAUGAUUAUGAAAAUUUUAAAACUGAUAUUAAUGAUUCAAAGCAUUUAAAGAAUGAAGCUACUGAACUAGAAGCAAAUAGUGCAUUUUCGGAUGUUGUGUUUGAUGAAUUGGAUUCUAAAUCGUCCUCUCUCAAACCUGAAAACAGUUCGUUGAACGUAGGAAAUGAGCUUCAACGCAUGGAAGAAGACGUUAAAAACCAAUUGACAUUCAUAACUAACACCAAUGAACCUCAGGAAACUCUAACCAUCUCCUUGAAUGACCCAGAAGAAGAAUUUCUGCUUAAUACUUCCUCACAAGAGUCAGUAUCAACACCCUCCGCUUUCCUUGUAGAUGUUUUUGACCUCAAUAAAGAUACUUUCCCUUUCCCAAACUUAACCCAAGAUGUUUUUGAAGUUGUUCACAAAGAUUCGGAGGAAGAAAAUGAAGAGGAUCUUUCUGCAUUUAAAGUUACAAUUCCAGAGUCUCCUUUAUAUUUGUUUGAAGAUUUCCCAACAGCCAGUAAAAGUAAUCUUUUUAAUGAUAACAUAAAAGAAUUAUCAAAUGAGUAUGUAACUUCUUUAGAAGAAUUCAAUCCAGCUCCUGAAAUUACCGUUGUUAAUUUUUCGACUGAAUCAACAACAUCUAUUGACACAAGCACAAAAGUUGACGCGACAACCAUUACUGGAUCACCCAUUUCGACCAGCCUCACAUCAACUAUUUCAUCUCACUUAGAAGAAAUUACAACCACUGAAGGGGCAGAAAAUAUCGUUAAUGACCCAUCAGAUGCAACUUCCCUGAUUACUGAUUUCACCACAUUAGCUAGCAAGACUGCACCUACUACAUUAAAACCUAUUGAUAUAACUGAAAAAGACAUAUUUGAAUUCACGUCAAAGCUUAAUACCCAAUCAUCCUUUGCUGUCACUAAUCCAACAGCAUCUUCAAUUAGCUCAGAAACUGAAGCAUCUACCAUUACGUUAUCCUCUGCAGAAUCUAUUACAUUUGAACCUACUGUUGCUACUGGUUACGAAAACGAUGUUACAACUUCCAAAGCGAGCGAAUCCAUGGAAAAACCUAUGUUAGAACUAGUAAUUCAAAACAAUGGAAUUAGUGAUUUAGUUUCUAAACUGCAUAAUAUGCCAAUGAUAAUCAGAGUGCUAAAUGCUGAGAGAAACAUGUCCUUCCCAGUGGAAUUAGUUUCUAGUGGAGAAACAGAUAAUGGACUCAUCAAAUUGGAUGAAGCUUUACUUGAUAAUGAGACAAGCACUUCAACGACCAAUGAAAUGACUGAAAAUCAAGAGAAAAUACUUACAGAGUUAGAAAGUGAAAUUCAAAGUCAAGAGAAUAGCUCUUCGUCUAACAGUAACGAGAAUCAAACACAAGACAUAGAACCUGUAAGCGCCGAUUUUACAACUAGCACUAUACCACCUCAGAUGACUACAAAACGUGAAUCAGAAGAUAAUAUUUUUGAUGAAUCGAAGGAAACUGCUGAAAGAAAAAUAGUUACAAUCCUAAAGAAAGUUGUGAACAAAUCUUCCAUAGUUUCUGAAACUUUAAAUAAUAAUAAAACUGACUCGUAUCAGCCAGAAUCAUCAAAUAAAAAGUUAACUGUCAUAACCCCUUUAGUUUCAAGAGCAAAAAAUAAAACUGUUGUGAAAAGAACAAAAGUCGUAAGGAAAUCAAAGACCUCUAGAAAAAAUGAAAGCAAGCGCCGAGAGAAUACGAGUUCAGAAUUAAAAAUUGCUGAUUCCAGUAAAAGCAAGACUAAAAGUCUCAGUUCAUCUGAAAGUUUCAGUUCACCUUUACAGGGUUUGCCAUUUAAGUACACCUCACCACAAAGAGAAAUUCCUGCAGCUUAUAAGAAUUUCUCACCGGAGAAAGAAUACACUGCGAGUAAAGGACUUGAAUUGCCAAAUGAACCUAUUUUUCGAGACCCAACAAUUUUUAUCGAUCACAUCCCGGCUACGUUCAACAACGAUGGCCUUAUUUCCGGUAAAGAUAUUAGAAACAACCCACUAAGAUAUAUUUCUGACUAUUCAGGUUACCUUGAGCAGACUGGCCUAAGCAAGCAAGACUCCUAUUCAGAAAAAGACAUUACAUUGUUUCCAGCAACUCAUGAUGACAUCAGACAUUCUCAGCAGUUAUUUAGAAGUUUUCAAAGUAACAAUACCUCCAAGAACAACGUAGCUAAAAGUUCUGGAAAAUUCGAUUAUGUAGAUGUCCUCCCAUACGAUGGAAUGAGCCCAGCAAUUAGCAAGGGAAGUGAAAUUCGUAAUGCUCAAGGAACCGAGUUUGGUCCAGAUGCCGUCAUUAUUAUAGAUGAUUAUGAAGAUAUGCCAGCAUACCAUGGAGAUGAUAAAUAUAUUUUUAUCGGUCAAAAUGACAGAAGUAUUGCUAAUACGAAUGGUAGAGAAGUCUUUAUAGAUCCAAGUGGACAAAAAGUUUCUUAUAUAGACUUGUUAUAAUGCCAUAGAAUGACUAAAUUAUGAAAAGCCAUCUUUUGGACAAAUAAAAAUUUGCUUUUCGACAACCACGAAAUGACAGUAAAAUUAACCUAUCUGAUAACUUUUACUAUUUUUACGAAUGAUUUUUUUUCUAUUAGAAAGCUUGAUACUUUAAUAUGAUUCUGAAUUUUAAAAAUUUAAUUUAAAAUAACAUAAACCAAAAAGGAAUAAAGAAUUCAUGUUUAUAUAUACUAACAUAAAUCUUCGAAAUAAUGCCAUUAUUUUUUUUAAAUUCUGGCAAAGUUUUUAAAAUUGCUUAUCAUUUUAAAUUUUUCAUUAAGCUUUUUCUACCACCGAAAUUUUUUUUUCUUCAUUCAAAUCGUAAAAGUCGGUAACUAUGCAUCACAAUAAAAUGCGUAUUCCUUGCAGCGUACUAGUUGAUUGUUCUCAUAUUUUGUGUUUAGAGAAGAAAGCCAUCAUUUCGAUUCACAAGAAAUGUUUGUAUAAUAAAUGCUCUUGUAUCAUAAUGUAAAGUACUUUUAA